AUAGGAAAAAGGGGGAAAAAAUAACACCGUCGAAAGCCGCGAACUCCCACCUUUUAGUUCAUAAUUUCCAGAGGCGUUAAAGACCGUAAAUACUCCACGUUUAUUUUACAUUGCUUGUGAGUUAAAUUUGUCACCGGCUGGGAUUAACCGGUGACGUGGAGUCGGAGCUCUUCUUCUUCGUCCACACUGGCCCAUGUGUGAAUAAAAGUACUCAGUGUACCCGGAUAUGAACGUAGUGAUAUUACGUUGACACAAGAUAUCAAGAAUUUCCAAGAUGCUCGGCUGUAAGGCUGAAUCUUCACACUGAGCUCCACUGUAGCGGAGAAGAGAGCAGCCUGCUGGGGCCUGGAGUCCAAAGAAGCCGGCGGACAGACAGAUUUUGUUGGAUCUGGAGCAUCGGGACGGACGAACGGGGCCAUGCAUCGUGGAACAGGACGCACGUCAGGUGGCUGUCAGAGGAUGAUGGUGCUGCACUCUGUCUUGAUCCUGUUCUCGUUCUUAGGCUGGGCCCUUGGCUACAAGCAGGGAGACAAUGUGACUCUUUAUGUCAACAAAGUGGGCCCUUAUCAUAACCCCCAGGAGACAUAUCACUAUUACACAUUGCCUGUUUGCAGGCCGGAGAAGGUGCAUCAUAAGUCUCUGAGCCUGGGAGAAGUGCUGGAUGGUGACAGAAUGGCAGAGUCUUUAUAUUACAUCCGCUUCAGAGAGAACGUGGAGAAAAAAGCUCUCUGCCAGCUCACUCUUUCAGAAAAACAGGUGGACGAGCUUCGUGAGGCCAUUGAGGAGCUGUACUACUUUGAAUUUGUCCUGGACGAUAUUCCAAUUUGGGGUUUUGUAGGAUACAUAGAGGAGAGUGGUUUCCUGCCUCACAGCCACAAGGUGGGUUUGUGGACGCAUCUGGAUUUCAACAUCGAGUACAACGGCGACUCUGUGAUCUUUGCCAAUGUCUCAGUAAAAGACGUUAAGCCUGUUCCCUUAGAGGAGGGGGCAGGUGCAGCAGUGGGGGGUGUCGGAGUAGGCGGAGGCAGCCUGACGGUGACCCAUACCUACAGCGUGCACUGGUUUGAAUCAUCUCUGCCCUAUUCCCGGAGAGCUGAGCGUCUCAGAGACUACUCGUUCUUCCCCAAAACACUGGAGAUCCACUGGUUGUCCAUCAUUAACUCACUGGUGCUGGUGGUGCUGCUUCUUGGCUUCGUCAUCAUCAUCCUCAUGAGAGUCCUUAAGAAUGACUUUGCUAGGUACAAUGUGGAAGAGGAGGGUGGCUGUGAUGAUCUGGACCAAGGAGACAAUGGUUGGAAAAUCAUCCAUACUGACGUAUUUAGGUUUCCUCCUUUCAAAAGCUUGCUCUGUGCUGUGCUGGGAGUUGGGGCUCAGUUCCUUACCCUUGCCACAGCGAUAAUCCUCAUGGCAUUGCUGGGAAUGUUCAAUGUGCACCGCCAUGGCGCCAUCAACUCAGCAGCCAUCGUCCUGUAUGCUCUGACCAGCUGUGUGUCAGGCUACGUCUCAUGCAGUUUCUACACACAGAUCAACGGCCAGCGCUGGGUGUGGAACAUCAUCCUCACAUCAUCUCUCUUCUCCGCUCCACUGUUCUUCACGUGGAGUGUAGUGAACUCUGUCCACUGGUGGAGCGGCUCCACUCAGGCUCUGCCAGCCACCACCGUGCUCCUGCUGCUGGGCGCUUGGUUGCUGGUGGGCUUCCCACUAACGAUCAUCGGUGGCAUUGUGGGAAAGAACCGAGCUGGUAGCUUCCAGGCACCGUGCCGCACCCGUAACAUCCCCAGACAGAUCCCGGCUCAGCCCUGGUACAAACAUACGAUUGUGCACAUGGCCAUCGGCGGCUUCCUUCCCUUCAGUGCCAUCUCAGUGGAGCUGUACUACAUCUUUGCCACUGUUUGGGGAAGAGAGCACUACACGCUGUACGGCAUCCUGCUGUGUGUCUUCGCCAUUCUCCUGUCUGUGGGCGCCUGCAUCUCUGUGGCACUGACCUACUUCCUGCUGUCUGGUGAAGACUACCAAUGGUGGUGGAGGAGUGUGCUGAGCACGGGAUCCACUGGCAUCUUCAUCUUUGUCUACUCUGUUUUCUACUAUAGGAACCGGUCCUCUAUGAGCGGCCUGGUGCAAAGCACUGAGUUCUUUGGGUACUCCCUGCUCACAGCAAUGGUCUUCUCCCUGAUGCUGGGCAGCGUGUCCUUCUGGUCCUCAUUGGCAUUUAUUCGCUACAUCUACCGUAGCCUCAAGAUGGACUAGAAAUUCAAUUGGAAACACGCAACUCUAAACAGACAUUUCCACAUAGCACACAAAGACAAUCUUCAUUCUCCUCUUUUGCUUUUUCACUCAUACACACCUGUUGCAUUAAAGUGAGGAGAAACAGGGGCCUUUUCCUUGAUUUAAAAGGGUUUAAUAGUUAAACUUGGACAGCUUGCUGGAUUGGUGAACGGACAGAUGAGUUUGGGGGUGGAAUCACAUAGAUUUAUGAUAAAAGGGGAUAUUUCAACACAAAGGGAUGAUUGCUUCCCAUCAGGGAUAAAUGGGUAAAUUGUCGGAUUUGCUACGUGAGUGAAUGGAUUAUGUUCAGACUGUGCAGCAUCUGAUUCCCGCUUCCUGGUCCAUCACAGUUAUGCUGGAGCUAUAUGUCCUAAAUUUCCCACAGUAUACUUUACCUACUGAGACCAGCAGAAUGGUACUGUAGUUUUGGCUUAUUGUGCAAGAGCUAUUAAUAAACGCAUUGUUUUGCACUGGCCUGUUUGAGCUCCACAUGGCCUUGCAGCGGAUAAGAAGAAUGAUGCCUUGUAGAUUGAAGGUGGUGGUGAAGGGGGCAAUAUUGUAACUGUAUUCUGUGGUCUCCAUUGACUGUGAUUUUGGUUCUGAUGUAAAUAUAGUCUUUACAGUAAAACUCUUUUUAAUACAAUA